AUGAUGUCCAGUCUAUUGGUAACAGCGCUGAACCCCCUUUCCACUAGGUAUGACGAUGGAAAGGAAAUUAAAAAUUUCCUCGCUAUGUUCCAUAAUACGGGAUAAGUAACGGGUAUGUUGUUUUGCAGCCAGAAUUGCUG